AUGGCGGGCGCCUACAAAGACCAUCACCUAUAUGCUCUUGAGAAGUGGCUUCACAAGAACCAAACUCUUCACCCCAAAGGUCCAGUUCUUGGCUUCUGCAAAGGACAUCCUGUUUAUCCAAGAUCCUGUGUUCAAACACUGCAGUCAAGACAUGGAUGGUUGCGAGAGGGCCUGCAAGUCCGAGAAAACGAGUUGGCUGCAAAGGUUGUUACACGUCCAAAGAGGACCUUCAAUGCUCAGUCAGUUCAAUCUAGUGGUAAUGAAGAUGGUCUUAAACCAACAUUGGAUCUAUAUGGUGAAUGGCAACUGGAACCUCUACAACUUCCCCAUGCUGUAAAUGGUGUUGUGCCAAAGGUUGCAAAGAGACUUGGCAUCGACUAUGCUCCUGCUAUGGUCGGAUUUUAUUAUUGCAGUGGCCGGUGCCUCCCAGUCUUUGAUGGGAUUGUUGUCUGUACCAAAUUCAAAAGUGCUAUCCUGGAGCCAUAUGCAGAAGAAGAUGAGCGGAGACGGGCUGGGGAGAGGAAGCAGGAGGCGGCUCAGGCACUCUCCAGAUGGUAUCAGCUGCUCUGCUCCAUUGUAACCAGACAGAGGUUGAAGGACUCCUACAAAACACCUUCACACGGGCUUGGUAAUGAAGGGCUGCCCGAAAAUGAUAAUGUCCAUAGAAACACUCGCAGCAGUGGAUCCUCAGAAAGGGAGCCUAGUUCAAGCAAACUGCAGACAGAUGAUGACCAUGAGCAUGAAUUUCCAGAGGAAAACCAGAGCUUUGAUGUGGAGACCUUUGUGAGGACGAAACGCUGCCCAUGUGGUUUUUCUAUCCAAGUAGAGGAGUUGUAG